AUGAGCGGGAACUCCGGAUCGAACAACGAUGAUGAUGAGGUCACCUUUCCACAGACGAAUAUAGAGGACGCAAGUGCAAGUGCAACUACUCACCAAGUGCCUGGACGUGUCGAUGAAGGUAUGGAUUUUGACGACGAUGAGCUAGAUUUGCAAGGGGCCAUAACUAGUGCGUUAGAUGGAGUAUUCAACAUGAAUGCCCCACUGCGGCGCGACGACGAACCGCAGGUACAAGGCGAAGACGAAGAAAAAGAAGAAAAAGAAAUAGAAGAAGAAGGAGUUUUGGAAAACUCAAGUAAUGAUCUCGUAGAGGAGAAUCAGCAGCAACAGCAGCAACAGAGGGAAACGGUGCCGACUUCCUUUGCCGGUGUUGAAGAAACGCGACCGUCGGGGGCUGGGCCUGCCCCUGACGCAGAUACAAAGAAGGAAGAUGCCGAGGAAGACUUUGACGCGGCCUUCAACGACGCCUUGAGCGGUCUAUUUGGAUCCUCUGUAGGUGGAGAUGAGAAGGAAAACCGCAAAUCUGCGGACAACUCGAUCGGUGGUGAAGGAGACAACCAAAGUGGAAACACCGAUGUGAUAAACACCACUGAAGAACCUAUGAACCAGAAUGCACACACCACUCCUAAAAACUCUGACGCAAAUUUGCAGGUGGCGAUGACGACGGAAAGUGGUAACGCUGAUGUAAGUGCAGAUCAAGAGCGACUGGUGGAACUGAAUGACAACCAGUCUGAUCAAGUACCGGCAACAGACAGCGGUCCGGCGCAGCAUGAAAAGCGUGUAGUCGAAGAGCAUGAAGAGGAUGAAGAAAACUUAAACUUAGAUGAAGCAAUAGAAUCAGCAUUGGGUAUGGUAUUCAAUAGGAGCAAAGACAAAGAGCCGCAGCUCGACGAAUUGAGUGAGGCGGUCGAUGCGCUGGAGCACCGAGACUUGCCCCAACAAGAACAAGAACAAGAACAAGAAGAGGAUGACCUAGAUAGUGCUAUAACGUAUGCGUUGCGACAGACGAUGCAAGCUCAAGCCGGGGCAACCGAGGUUUCUAGUGCGGCGGAUGUUGCACUGGACCAAGGUCCUCACUCCAUUAGUUCAAAUUUUACAAUUGCCGAGGACGUUGACGAUUUAGAUCUAGAAGAGGUUAUAACAAGAUCGUUACAAGACGCUUUUAAAGCUUCGCAAAAAGCUCUUGAGCCGGACAAUGAAGACAUGGAGAGCGCGAUUGCGGAUGCUUUUAAGUCUGCACUAAAACGGUCGAGCGAACUUCAGUCUAGUCAUCAGGGCUACAACGCUGCUGCAUCUGCUGCUGCUGCUACACGUACCACAGGAGGAGCCAUGCCGGACAUGGCUCCAACGAAAUUCCCUUUUGGGGAUCAAUCUAGAAGGAUUAUCUCAACCCCACAAAAAAUUCCAAAACAAACCAAUCAAUCAUUGCAUCUUCCCGCGACUGAUCAUCUCGACUUGGAGCUGUUGCAGAUGAAGGAUAUUCUCCAAGACGCUAUGCGGAUGGCGACUGAAAAGCCUCAUGAGCUACUUUCGGAACUAGAGUUGGGUGAUAUGGAGUCAGCGGAGUAUAUGCUUCGUUCAUACAGAGCCAAAUCUGAACCCAAAAAGAACUUGCCUCCGAAACCGGUUGUCUUGCCAAGUAGGCUAGAAAAUAGACUGGUGGAUCUGAGUGGCAGCAAACCAAGCGAACGUCCCAUCACCCAUCGAGAGCAGAAACUCCCCACGCAAGUUUCCACUCAGGUUUCCACUCCGAGUAGCACUGCUUCACGAAGCGAUGAAUUGCACGCAAAACCAAAAACCUCCAUUUUCUCAAACACAGAUGUCAAGCUGCAGAUCUCCUCAGUGAUGCAAGCUUUGUCUUCAAAGAUAAACAACGGAGAACUCAACGACUCGGAGAUCCUUCUCGCUAUAAGACAGAUUACGGAGGAAAUUGCCGCGGGUGGAUCAUUGCUGCAGUUUUUCAAGAAGCCAAUGACCGUUGAGACGUUCAACAAUGAGUACAGCGAAGCAAUGAGGCGAAACUUGUUGAGGUCAACUCGCGACGCCGUCACGUUUUUGCAACGGUACCUGGAGGGCGAGCCUGAGGAAGAUAAAGCAGUGACGGUGUUGUCAAACUUUUUUGACCAGCUUGUGCCUUUUGGUUUGGUUGAGCAGCGUGAUUUGCUGGAGGGACAGGUGGAUUUCAUGUCUGCUGUUUGCAACAGCACUGCAAACACCAUUGUCGGGAACAUUCCUUCUUCGGCUUCCACACCCGACCUCAUUACCAUCAUCGACAGGUUUAGGAGCAAUUCUCCGGAAUCGCGCAGAAAGACUCGACUCGGGAACAGGGAACGGAAAAAGAAGUGGCGCGAAGAGAAUGCUGAACGAAACAAGGAUAAUGAGUUGAGAACUCGCGUUCUCAAAAGAGCCAGUGCGAAAUUUGGAUCACAGGAGUCGCAAGUCAAGCAAGAGUGGAUAGAAUCGGAAAUACUGAAGCGCAAGGCCAAAAGAGUGACCAGGCCCAAUGGAGAAGAAGACAAACCUACGCUAGAGGAUGCAGUGAAGAGAGAACCAGAGACCAUAGCUGACGAAGCCGUUGCCGAAUCCACCACUGCUGACACCACCACUAAUACCACUACCCUCGCUGCUCCUAGUGGGACGCUUCUGCAAAUUGCAAAGGACGAAAACUUCCUGAAGCCAAUAAUUGACGUUUUCAAUUUUUUGUAUCGGAGAUCAAACACCAAGAAGCGCUCGUCACAAAUUAUCGCGACUUCGGCUUUGAUCGCGGCUCUAGCUCUAAGCUAUGUCGAAACAUUUUCCAUAGAGCAAAGCAGAGCUCGAGAAGUUGUUGAAACCAUCAUCAGACGCGAGCUAGAGCUGCGCAAUACGGGAUUCGGCUCACUUAAAGUUGACUCAGCCUCGGACUUGUUGCGGGCCAACAACGGUCCAAAGAGGCAUUUCACCGCUGAGAUGAUCACCAAUUUCAAGCGCUUCAAGCCAAGUACAGAAGAAGAGUCGGUGAAAGUAUCGACGGCUUUGACAAGGCAGAAACCUGCACGGGUAGUGAAUUCAAACGAUGCACCUCCGGCAAGACCGAGUUUGCAAUUGCCUAGAGUGUCUCCUUUCAUAUCUCACAAGGUUUUAUCUGGCGAUAACCCAGCGGGAGCCACGAGACCGAAGAGCUUCCAAAAACCCACUGCAUUCAAGAGGCCAUCGCCGGGCACUGGCAAAGUUACAGGGUUUGGAUUUCCAAAGUUGUACACGGCGUCGUCUUCUUGA